AUGGCUACUUCCUCACCCUCACCCUCACUGCCGCCUCCACCACCGCCGCACGUAGUUAUAUUCCCCUUCAUGGCUCAAGGCCACACCAUUCCAUUGCUAGACAUAUCAAGGGAACUCUCAAACCGUGGCCUAAAAGUCACCAUCGUCACCACCCCACUAAAUGCACCGUUCAUCCACUCCAAACUCUCAAACCACAUGUCCAUCACCGUCUCCGUUGUGCCGUUUCCACAUGUCCCGGACCUUCCGGAGGGCUGUGAGAAUACCGCCGACCUUCCUUCAAUAAACUCGUGGGUUCCCUUCGUCACUGCCACCAAACAAAUGAGACCACAAUUCGAAACCCUUCUGCAUGAUAUGGUCGACGGUGGUUCCCGGCCACUUUGUGUAAUCUCAGACUUCUUCCUCAGUUGGACGUUGGACACGUGUCGAUCAUUCGACAUUCCACGUGUUGUGUCACAUGGAAUGGGUGUACUGCCUAUGCUUGUUCUUAAAGCCGCUUCUAUGCACGUCCGAUGCCAAUACCAACGUCAACGCCAGAAGACUUUAGACUUGGAGUCAACAGAUUUAUUACCAAAUUUGGCACUUCCCUUCACGUUGGAUAUAUCCGAUUUACCUCCUCGAUCCCUUGAUCCGAAUGACGCAUUUGAACGCGUCAUCUCAGAAGUCGAAGAGGUGGAUAAGAAUAGUUGGGGUGUGAUUGUCAACAGCUUCCAAGAGCUUGAAUGUGAGUACGUUGCUGCAUUGGAAGGUUUGUACAAGCAUGCCAAAGCAUGGUGUGUGGGGCCGGUUCCACUCUAUGAAGGGGACGAUAGGCCCCGCAAUGAGAGUGUAUCGUGUCCGUACAUCAAGUGGCUCGACGAGCAGGACGGAUCCGGUGUGGCGAUCUACGUGUCGUUUGGUACACAAGCCCGAUUGUCGGAUGACCAGAUGGACGAGAUCGCUUACGGGUUGGAGAUGGCGGGGUAUCGGUUUAUAUGGGCCGUUCGAUCGAAGACGUGGAGGGCGGGUGAAGGGUGGGAGAGAAGGGUGGAAGGGAGAGGGUUUGUUGUACGUGAUUGGGUGGACCAGCGGAGCAUCCUAGCGCAUCCAACGGUGGGUGGGUUUUUGAGCCACUGUGGGUGGAACUCCGUGAUGGAGAGCUUGUCAAUGGGGGUCCCAUUAUUGGCUUGGCCAAUGGGAGCAGAGCAGCCACUGAAUGCCAAGUAUGUUGCAGUGGGAUUGAAAGCAGGGUUGAUGGUUAAACCAGAGAAGAUCAAGACCGUUGAUCGCCAUGUGAUUUGUGAUGGAGUGAGGGAGCUGAUGGGAGGUGAGAAAGGGAGGAGGGCUAGGGAAAGGGCAAGAGUACUGGGGAGCACGGCGAGGCGUGCCGUGGAGAAAGGUGGAUCGUCGGAUAAGAAAUUGGAUGAACUGAUCAAAUCCCUCAUUGCCAAUGCCAACCAAAAGGAAAUAAAAUUCUAA